AUGCAUUCUCCGCUCUACGCUUUCCUGCUGGUGGCUCUGGCCGCGCUGCUCUCGCUUGGGGUGCCAACUGUGCACGGUCAAGACCCGACCACCUACCUUACGGCCUACGAACCCAAAACCGUUACAAACUGCGGUGACUCGCCCUAUACGAUCAUCGCGCAGGCGUGGGAGAUCUCCCAGUGCGUCUACACGGUCAAGUACACCGUCCAGGGCAGGCCCGGCCUCUCCGACUUUGGCUUCCAGUCGAUCACCGUCACGGGCUGCACCACGACGUGGGUCAAUAGCGGCGGCAACGGCAACGCGUGCUACCCAACCUACUCGGUCUGGGAGGGCGCCGGCGGGCUGAUCAAGAUGGACAGCGACUUGGGCUGCGGCCAGAACGCCACGUUCUGGAUCACCUCGUCGGCCGCCACGCUGGUCCAGGGCGGCUCCGUCGCGUGGAAGGGCGGCCAGAACUGCUGGACCUGCGACAACGUGCCCUACGUGCUGGCCAACCACCCCAACCCGGACUCAUGCCCAGCCCUUUCGCCUUCGCCCUCGCCCUUGCCCUCGGUCGACCACUGCCCUCGGCGUCGCCCGUGUAGUCGUGGCGCCGUCGCCGUCGCCCUCGUCGCCCUCCACGCCCUCGCCUCGCCCUCCACGUCGCCCGAGGCUCUCGCUUCGCCCUCCACUUCGCCCAGCGUCAGCGACCCGUCUCCGUUGCCGUCAGAGUCGCCGUCGACCGUCACUGAACCUUCGGCGUCUCCGUCGCCGGUGGUUUUCGCCGAGCCGUCUCCUUCGCCUUCGCCGGCGGUGUUCAAUGAGCCGUCGCCGUCGCCUUCACCAUCUGCUUCGUCGUCGCCCACCAGCUCGCCCGCGCCGGGCGGCGGUGACUCGACCAACGCCGGAGCGAUCGCGGGCGGCGUGGCCGGAGGCCUGGCUGGUCUGGCGGGCCUGGCGGCCUUGGGCGGAGCCGCGGCGGGCGGCGGCUACAUGCUCUACCGCUGGAUCAACCGGCCCGACACCCUGGCCGCACCGGCGUCGGCCCUCGACUCUAACGCUGCCACGGUCGUGGGCGACAACGCGCUGUUCCAGGAGAGCAACGUCAUGCAGCCCAACGCCCUCUUCGUCGACGGCGUCUAG